AUGGGCAACAACGGCAGCAGCUCCCAUCAAUAUUGCGCGUCCAACGGGCCAUCGCAGGAGAUUGCUGGACGCGGGUGGACGCAGUCUUUCCCCCGGGAGCUGGGGAGGCAUCAUCCUCAGCAGCCGACAGGACACAAGGUCCUGCCGGAGCCGCCCAAUCAGCGGCUACGCGCCACCAAUAAUGGAAGCAUCAUUCACAACGGGGGAACCAUAAGCGGCCGCAGGCCGCCGGCCCUCACGCUUCCGCACGACCUUAAUAAGCCCUGCCUUCUCGCCUUCCAGCAGGGAAUAUUUCGCAGCCGCAGCACUUCAGCAUCGAACAUCGGCGCGUCACGCAGCCGUAAGAUCGAACACCAUUGCUGCUAUUACGGGAAUGGAUCGAGAUGUUGUAUGGAGAACGAGAUGCAGGAGCUCAAAAGAUUUGGCAGCGAGCCCGAUCUGCGGUACUCGCCAAUGGCGCGAGAGGCUGCACGCUGCAACGGGAAGCAGCAGCAGCAGCAACAUCAACACGCGAUGGAGCACCGGCAUUGCGGAAGCGGGCAUUAUCCCGAGCGAGAGUGUAGAGAACGAGAGAGCCGAUAUAGAGGCAAGAAGAAAUACAAGGCACCGGCGCCGCCGACGAACGGUGUCGUUGACGGAUCGUCUCCAGAUUCUUAUAGGUGCAAUGAAUCUGGUCAGAUUCGAUCGAAUGGUUGUCGCGGUGAAGAAGAGAUCCAACCGCCGCCGAGGCGGUCGCGCCUCUUCAAGACGCGAGCAGAGACGAAGAGAGCGCAGGUCAACUGGCUGUCUUCUUCCUCGUCGUCGCAAAUUCAUGUUGUCACGGAACGCUGUGAAAACGGUGGCAGCGGGUUAGACAACGAGCGACGAUGGCGAGGUGAAGAUGGCCGCGUCGCCAAUAAAGAGAAUAGACUCGUUUGGCGCGAUCAGAGUAAUCAUCUCCAUCAGGAUCGUUGGUGUCGGGACGAACAUAGGCGUUCGCGUAUCUUUGACGGCAAGAAUACGCUGCAGAGGAGUAUGAGUAGUCCGGAGUUCCAAGCAGAGUUGAUGCAGGUGGCCAGGAAGGUACGCAACAAGCUCAACUGCGGCGGCAGGUCCUCCGUGGAGUCGAUGAACGUGGAGCGUAAUAGCGAUACCGAUCGGUGCACGAAAGAAUCCAAGAUUGAGGAAGUGAAAAGGCCGGAAAAACGAUCAGCGAGGAACGAGGAGAAUUGCCCUGAGGAACGUGUGAUCGAAGACAGGAUCGAGGAGAGGCGACUGAACGAUCGUUGUAAUCGAUCCGAAAAUAAGCAUAAUGAGCGCAUGUAUGACGAGCGCAAAGAGAAUGCUCGCGAUCCCGGAAGAACUAAGGACUACUUAGAGGAGAGGCAAGCGGAGGGUGCGGUAUCAGGCGGAAAGAGACGGCUCGUCGAGAAAUCGGCGAUAUUCGAUGAACCCUCUGCGAUGCACUCGAAAGAACCUCUUCGGAAAGGUCUGAAAGAUCGCUUGGACGCCGUAGGGCAUUCCUCCGGAGAGAGGUUCUCAUCGGAGAACCACCGAAGAGAACUUCUUGAGGACUAUCAACGAGCUAAGAGUGUCGCCAAGAGCCGGAAGUAUGAAAACACAACAGACUUGGGUAGAACCAGAUCGGAGAGUCCGAGCGACGUUAGGAAUACUGAUGGCGCGUCGGAUGAAAAGAGAUGGUCCUGCGAACCUGUUCCCGCAACAGCGGAGAAGAAAGAUGCAAAAUCCAAAGAGAAGCUCGCGAGAAAACCAGAAGCCAAGGAAGUCGUCCGCGAGAAAAAUUGGCACGUAUUGCCAUUGCCGGAGAAGUCCGCACCGAAGACCUUUUACUUUGGCAUGGACGAAGCGUUGUCAAAUGAGUCCCGAAAUUGUGUGGAUCAACACAUGGAGCAAAUCCAAUCUAGGUUACAGUCCAGAGAAAUCAAUGGAUCAAUCGAAUGUCAUGACUACACGGACGAUGGGAAAAGCGGAACCGAAGACAUUUCAUUAAAAUUACGACCUACGUUACCUAAGAAACAACUAGAGAUUCCGCGAUUUUCACCAUCAGCAGCAUGGAGAUUACUGUCGGCUUUAGAAGCACCUGGCCCAACCAUGAGCACAGCGAGCGAGGAAAUUCCGGUGAUGUUCGAGGAGCGUAUCGAACGUUUGUCGAGGCCGCCUCCGCCGCUGAUUGCGCUUGGUCCGCGAAGCUCGCACGAUAAGUCGGGCGAUUCCGGCAUAUCCGGAGACGCUGGUGCGGCCAAUGACGACUCGUUGGAUGUCAGCACCAAUACCAACAACAACCGAUUGAAGACGCCAGCGACGAGACCGACAUGGACCCCGCAGCAGGACUUAGGCGAGGAGUCUAGCAGUGACGCUGGGGUAGAUUCGCCGCCACCGAUGCCAACCCCAGUGAAAUUCCCGCCCAGGGCGCAUGUAUUCUCGUUAUCAUUGCCGCGCGACGACAAUCGUAUGUAUUUGUAUAACCCGGAUUUGAAGAAGGAGGGCUCGACUUUUAACUCGCUGCAGAAACUGAAGAGAUCAGUGUCGGGCGCCCUCGGACUCGGGCCGCUGGACCUAGAGAGGAAACGUACUCGCGAUGUCCUCGACGAUAACUGGCUGCUGUCAACAAGUGCCCCGACGUCGUUGCAGCACACUCAGAUCACAGAUGUGACACGAUCCUCGCCAUCCGGCUGGAAACCUGACUUUGAUGACGAGGAUGAUGACGAAGUAUUAGUGGAAGACUUAGAAGAUCGCGGCGAUUUUCCCGUGAUCAUGAAACCGCCCUCGUUUUCGUAUUUAGCUUCUGGUGGUCAUGUAAUGUACCUGCCCGAGUCUAAUGACUCUCAUUAUCAGACGCAAAGUUUGAGCUACAGAAGCAACAUGGCGGCGGAAAGUGAGAAGAAUUCCGGUAACAGUUCCGGAUCAAAGUAUCGCAAAAACGGCGUGGAUGAACUCAGGAAAUCGAGCAAGGAUAUAGAGAAAACGAACAAGCAUUCCAAAGAAUCAGUCAUGUUAAAAGAAAAGUCUUUUGCGAACGAAAAAGUGAAUAGAUUUUCCAAAUCAUGUGAGAACAUUUCCGAGAUGAAACAACGAAGUACUUCGCCUAUCGGUGACCAGCAGAAUUUGCAGGAUGAUAAGGAGAUUGCUUUAGAAAUCAAGACACCAUUAAAGAGCAACUCGAAAAGUCGUAGAUUCACAUUCCAAAGUACUGUGCGGCAGAUUGAGAGGCGCAGAUUGGCGGAGAAGUUAUCGCGAGAGGCGGAAGCCAAGGAAAGACAGAGGAAAGGCGAGCUGGAGGCGAUGCGUAAAGUAGAAGAGGAGUUUCAACGAAAACGAGCCAGAGAAAAGGCGAAUAUUAGGCAACAACUUCGCUUGUACAGCAUGGAUGAAAAUUUGAGUAGUUUACCCACAGUGUGGGACAGCUCUCAGUUAUCUCGUGCGGACCCGGACGGCGCGCCAUCGUCAUCCGCGUCGUCACCCACGUCAGUCCCACCGGCAAAACUGACGACUAUACGAAAGAGCAGCGUCAGUAGCGAUGAGUAUUUGCGUAAAAGAGCGUCCAGCGUGGAUUCGAGACAGCAGCAACAGCAACAGCAACCGAGGGAGUACAAAGAUUAUCGGCCAAAGUAUUACGAUUGGGCGCCCACCGACUCGUCGUCGCAUCUGGAAUAUAAGCAGACCACGGUGCAUCCUAAAGUGGUAUGCGACAUUCCCAAGAGCUCGCCCGUCUUUGUAGACGCGCACGCGAACGUUUCUAAAACGGCGAAUGUUAGUUCCACACCUAGAUCCGACAAUUACAGGAAAGAUUUUGCUCAUGGGGCUGUGGCGGCGAGAUCUUCCUUAGCGAGCAGCGACAGUGAGCUAUCGCAACCGAAUACGAGACCGCAUUCCAGGCAAGCCGUCAGCAAGAACAAACCCAUACGGUCUAGGUCGGCAAGCCCAACACGCAGCGAGGAAGCCAUCAGCACGGAGGACGAGACGCCAGUGGAGCCAAUCAAACAGGAACGAAACCUUAUGAAUGGUUUCAUAUUGAACGGUGUGCAGCCUUUUGUGAGGGAGAAGAGCUACCGACCCAUUUCUUUCAAUCCCCAACCGCCUCCGCCUAUUCCGAGUUAGAAGCCAUAUUGCGGAUCUUAAAGAGUACUGUAUCUAUCUUAACAAAACUGUGUAAAGAGAAUUCGAUGUAUGUUAUUCAUAUAUUUUCUGGCGUACGCGAAAUGUCGAAUCUAAAAAAUUUAUUUUGUGGAUUCUUCUUCGAUCUAUAUUAUAUUUGAAUCAAAAUGAAGAUCGUUUAGAUAAGAUUGACAAUUUCUUGUACGUCAGCCCGUUAAAUAUUAAGCCGAAGGAUUUUUACGAAACUUUAUAAACGAAGAUUUUAUACCAUUUUACAAAGAAGUAGUUGUUUAUACGAUUUAUAGAGAAUGUUUUUCGAGAAUCUUCCCUAUUUUCUGCAAGCGUACAUAGCGCAAACACGGUGAUCAUUCAUCGCGCAGCAUUCUAUGUACGUGAAACUAAUGUCAAGUAAUAUCUUUAUAUGAUGUGUAACAAGUAACACGAUCUAACUCCUAACCAAAUGUGUUCCGUACGACUCUCAGUACGUUCAUCUACUAUUUAUAUUUUUGUCGUAAAUAUAUUAACAAAACAAAUGGAAUCAAAGAUUAUAAGCUUAUUCAUGCGCGGCGUAUCGUUUUAUAGGCAAUUAUAAAAACACGCCGCGGGAAAAAAUACCAAUAAUACCGGGUGUAUACAUUUACUCAAACAGGUUUAGGGCAGUAUCUUGUAAUUAUGUACAGGUAACAACCGCAGGCAACUGCAAAUAUUUGCUCAUGUAAUGUAAUCAAACAAAAGAUAAUGUUGUUAUUAACUGAA